CCCAGCGCAGCGGAUCCGAGGGAGAUCAGCAGGCACCCCCGAACUCUCUGCCUCUUGGGAAUCAGCGUGUCUUGCGUCUUCGCAGCCUAAGAGGAGGGACUGAGAGGGGUUUUCCACGAUGUGGAGAAGGGCUUGGAUCAGGCGCUGGGACACUACCGCCCAUCCGCCCUUCUUUGAGCUACGGGGCGGCAGCACUGGAGCUCUCUCAUCUUCCAUGAAGCCUCACCCCACCUCAUUUCUUCUUGGCAUUUAUCAGCCCAAAGGUUUCGGGUUUCCAUUUUGCCCAGAAAGAAACUAAGGUCAAGGCAUAGGAAGUCACCAGCACUCCAAGAGCUCUUGGCCGCCGAGAAGUGGCAGAAUCUUAACCUCAGGGGACACCUCUAGAUUCCUCAAGCUUGAGUAUCUCCCUGGUUCCUGGUGGAGAUGCGCAGGCCAAAAAGUCAGGCCCUUAGAUGCCUGUCGUGUCUUCCCAGGCCCUGUUUUUCUUCAAAGCCUUGAGUAGUUCCCUUGAUCCAGAGAUGCACCUCAGAGCUGGCCCUCCUGCUUCUGUCAUGGCCUCAUCAGUUUCUUGGGGUUCUUGCUGCUGCUGAUCACCUUCCCCAUUUCUGGUUGGUUUGCCCUGAAGAUCGUGCCCACCUAUGAGCGCAUGAUCGUGUUUCGACUGGGCCGGAUCCGCACCCCUCAAGGACCCGGUAUGGUUCUGCUCCUGCCAUUCAUCGACUCUUUUCAGAGGGUAGAUCUGAGGACACGAGCCUUCAAUGUUCCUCCCUGCAAGUUGGCCUCUAAGGAUGGGGCUGUGCUGUCCGUGGGGGCCGAUGUCCAGUUCCGCAUCUGGGACCCGGUACUGUCGGUGAUGACGGUGAAGGACCUGAACACGGCCACACGCAUGACCGCCCAGAACGCCAUGACCAAGGCCCUGCUCAGGAGGCCCCUGCGAGAGAUCCAGAUGGAGACGCUCAAGAUCAGCGACCAGCUCCUGCUGGAGAUCAACGAUGUGACCAGGGCCUGGGGGCUAGAGGUGGACCGCGUGGAGCUGGCAGUGGAGGCCGUGCUCCAGCCGCCCCAGGACAGCCCAGCGGGGCCCAGCCUGGACAGCUCCCUGCAGCAGCUGGCUCUCCACCUCCUGGGAGGCAGUGUGCCUUCAGGGGCAGGAGCUGCCCGGCUCCCUGGACCAGCAGAUACCUUGGAGAUGGUGAGCGAGGUUGAGCCAUCUGCCCCUCACGGGGGUGCCGGGUCCAGCCCCAAGCAGCCUGUGGCCGAGGGGCUGCUGACGGCUCUGAAGCCCUUCCUGUCAGAGGCCCUGGUCAGCCAGGUCGGGGCCUGCUACCAGUUCAACGUCGUCCUGCCCAGCGGCCCCCAGAACAUCUACUUCCUGGAUCUCACUGCAGGGCAAGGGAGGGUGGGACGCGGAGUGCCUGAUGUCGUCCCCGACGUGGUGGUGGAGCUGUCCGAGGAGGACCUGCAGGCCCUGUUGUGCAGGGAGCUGCGGCCCCUGGGGGCCUACAUGAGCGGGCGGUUGAAGGUGAAGGGUGACCUGGCCGUGGCCAUGAAGCUGGAGGCUGUCCUCAAGGCCUUGAAGUAGCAGGUUUGGCUGCCUGUCGGUAGCCCGGCCCUGAGCCAGGCACCUAGCCAGGGAGACAUCUUGGAGGAGGAAGCCCUGGCACUGCACCUUGGAUUGUUGAAGCCCUGGGGAGUGUCAGACCCAGCGGGAGACAGUGAGUGGAGGCUGGGAGACACUGGAGCUAGGAGAGGCUGAGUCAGGCAGCCCUGCCCUUCUCACCCACAGCAGUUCUCUCAACAAGUGUUUGCUGAUCCUGGUCCUCUGCCCAACUGGGUACACAGGCAAUAACAGGAGAGCCAGGCCUGCUCUGCUCCUCUGGCGACCUGGCUAGAGAGGCAGGGCUGACAGAAACAGCCCAGCAGCAGCUGGUUUGGUCCUGGUGUGAGGGAGCUCUGCAUGUGACUCAGGCUCCAGGUUCCAGAAGAGGGGGUCAGAGAGGGGGGUCAGAGCAGCUCAGGGAGGGAGAGAGAAGGGACCAAGCAGAGGUCCUUGCAUUGGGAGGGAUCUGAGAUUGGGCAGGGUCUGCCUUGCUGAUUGCAGUCCAGGUCCAGACUGGGGGUGGGGGAGGGGAGGGAGACAGUGGGGCAGGGCGGCGUCUCCCUGGCUCUGCUCCUGAGGGUGUCUUGACUCAUCUCCCAGCCUCAGUCUUGCAUGCCCGACGGGCUGGGGCCAGGGCAGCAUGACGGAGAGCCCUGCUGUUCCUGUGCUUCUUACCAGAGGUUUGAAAACCUCAAAUAAAUGUGCUGUUUACAAUGUAUCUGGAGAGAAAUAGGGGUCAAGGGGGUGGGGAAGAGGGCUCCGAGGUGAUGUCCCUGCUGCCAGCCCGGGACCCAGGCCCUGAAGGAUGACGCGAGCCCCAACAGUGCUCUGAAUCACCCACAGUUCCCCUUCCUGACGAGGGUCUGAAAGCGGGCAGGAGCAGGCACUAUGUUCCUCUUUAUAGUCUGGGUAGAGGUUUGCAGGAAGGAUGUGGGUGUGACAGAGCGGGUCGGGCAAACCGUUAAUCCAGCGAAGGGCAGGGGCUCCUGUCCUGCCCCUCCUGCUUACCCCCGCUCACUGUUUCCCCGCUGGUCUGGCCCAAACCCCAGGGACCCCAGAGAAGGAGGGCCUUAGACAUCUUGAGUUCUAAGGAAUGAAUCUCACAUCCCAGAGAGGCUUGUGGAAAAAACCCAACGGAAAUCCGAGCCUUCUCUUUGAGGAACAGCCUCUGGCUUGGCCUCUGGCACCAAGCCUUCCCCCGCAGGGCCCUGUCCAGCUGCCUUGGCACCAGGCUCCAUCCAGUUUAUCCUUUGGUUCCUGGCAAUGCCCGCCUUGGCCCUCCUCUUGUAGGUCCUCCCAGAGUAGACCAAACUGCCUUUGGGUUCAGGUUUCAGCCCCAGGGCCCCUCCCUGAAGGGCCAGAGCCCCAGGCUGCGGACCCUACCCUGACCCUCUCUCCACUGCUCUGGAGGCCGCCCAGCCGGGGCCGCCUGUUGAGAAGCCUCCAGUCCCCACCGCCCGUGAGCCCUAGCGGGGCCUGGGCUCCCGCGCUGCUUUGGCGCUGUCUUUGAGCCCAUUCCCCGCUGCUUCUGUUACUGUUCUUGUGUGAAUGUCCGCCCUCCCUGCUGGACCCUGAGCUUCCUGCCUGAGCCGUUCAUCACCGUCGCUGGGCGGCUGCACACAGUGCCCCAGGGGUGGGAGGGGAAGCCCCAGGCGCCUUCCUCGUGAGAGCUUAAGGGAAACUGAAACUCAGAUUUUCUCUGUGGGUGUCAGAGGAGCUGCAUGAUGGGGGGAAACCGAAACUUUUAUAGAUGUCUGUGUGGGUGGAGAGCAGAAUCUGCUGCCAGCCGUUAAUGCCCUCAUCCCAUCGAGGGGAACUCAUUCCUUGGCAAGGCCAGCGCUCCAGGACAGGGAGCCCACAGGCUCAGGCCUCUGGGCUUCGGAGGACCCAGCAGACUGCAGUCCCGGGGGGUGGGGUGCAACGAGGGGCACCUAACGGGGCCAGGGUGUGAGGGGCGGGGGAGGAAAGGGUGUCCAUCAGAGAAAGCUUUCUGAGGAGUUGAUGCCCGAGACUCACAGUUUACACGGACAUGAGAGAAGAAAGGAAAUGGGGGAGACACUCGGCAGAGGGGAGAGUCCCUGUGAGGCCACAGGAAGGGGUAGCAAGCACCUCCGAUUUGGGGAACUGGGACCUAAAGUCUGAGGGGGGAUGUGUGCAGGGAUUUUGUAGUAGUAACUGAUCCUGUGUGCCAGCUCUGCCCCUGUUCUGCAUUAGACGCUUCCUGUAUUUGUUUCCCCAAGGUAACCCGAUGAAUAAUGGUAACUAAAACAGUUACGCUAUGCUUUAUCUAUAUAUAAUGUAUUUUUCUGAUAUUAUUUUUUAAAUAAGUAUUUAAUUUUGAAUAGAGAGGUUUAAAAAGGCAAGCUAUGAAAAUUGUUCCUCAUACUCUUAACUCCAUCCAUGUAGUUUCAAACAGAUAUCCCCUGGUAUUAGUUUCCAAGUUAUUCUUCCAGAAGUUGGGGUUUGGGGAUUUCCCUGGUGGUCCAGUGGUUAAGACUGUGCUUCCACUACAGAGGGUGCAGGUUCAGUCCCUGGCCAGGGUGCUAAGAUCCCACAUGCUGUGCUGCACAGCCAAAAAAAAAAAAAAAAGAAGUUGGAAUUAAAAAAAAAUAUACUUGCAAGAAAAUCCAAAUAUAUUAUUCUCUGGGAUUUUUUUUUUUUUUUUUUUUACAGAAAUGGCAGCAUAGCAAAUACAAUGUUAAUCUGUUCACUUAACAUUGUGCUUGAGACUCUUUCCACAUUUGCACACCUAGACUUUCCCUGUUCAAUUUUAUAUUAAUAGUUACAUAGGAUUCAAUUGUAUGGGUAUAUCAUAGUUUAUUUUACCUGGUUUGGAUUGAUAGACAUUCAGAUUAUUUUUUUAUGUUUUGCUAUUUCAAACAUUCAUGCAGUAAUAACCUUUCACAUAUGCUGUUGUGGUUAAAGUUCAUCUGUGGGAUAAAGUCCUAGAAAGGAAAUUGCUAGGUCAAAGCAUUUAUAAUUUAGUAUUGGCCAAAUGCCUUCUUUAGGGAUUAUUCUAAUUUACACUCCCCUCAUCAGUAAGUGAGAGUCUGUUUUUCCUCACAGCCAUGCCAACACAAUGUGUUAUUAAACUCUGGAAUUUUUUGACAGUUCAGUAAAUUAAAAAGUUCAUCUCAGUGUGAUUUUUUUUGAAAGUUGUUCAAUUGUUUAUUGCUUUUUAAGGUUUGGAUUUUCCAUCCCAGCAAAAGCACAGGGUUUCUUUUCAGUCCCAGAUAAAAAGCACAGAAUUUACCUUUUUAACAGAUAAUAGGAUAAAAUGCACUCAUUUUUUAAUAGUAAAAGAUGUUUAUCAUUUUUCAUAAUAAGUAGCCAGAUAAAAGAUAAUUAUAAUUGCAAGCCAUAAUGGAAACAUGAUUAACCUAAAAAUAUAAUUACAUACAGUUUGGGGGGUAUACAUGCAUAUGUUUUCAUCCACCUAGCCAGUCUGUGUCUUUUGGUUGGUGCAUAAAAUGCACCCAUUUUAAAUGUACUUUGACAAAUGGAACAUCAAGUAACCACUACCCACCAGAAUCAAGAUAUAGAAUGUUUUCAUCAACUCAUGUGGUUCCCUGUAUCCCUUCCCAUUCAAUCUUGAAUCUCCCCACCCCCAGGCCCAGGUCACCACUGAUCUGCUUACUAAUAACUUGAUUAAAUUUCACAUUUCUAGAAUUUCAUACAAGUGAAACCAUGCCAUGUGUAUCCUUUUGUGUCUAGCUUCUUUCUGUAGUUCUUUUGAAUCAUCUAUGUUAUUAUGUGUACCUAUAGUUACUGUUCUUUUUUAUUGUUAGUGAUACUCUGUUGAAUGGAUAGAGGUACAAUUUACAUACUCACAUGUUGAUGGACAUUUGAGUAGUUUUCAGUUUUGAUCAAAGCUUCUCUGGACCUCUGUCUGUGUACAGGUCUUUGUAUAGAUACAUGUUUUCAUUUGGGUAAAUACUGAGGAGUAUUUCUUCUGACUCUAGAAACUGCCAAACCAAUUCCUGGAUGGUUGUGCCAACACUUGUGGUGGUAGUCAUUUCCAGUGGGUCUGCCUGAUGACUUUGAGCCCCCUUUUGGGUGCUCAUUGGCUAUAUGUCUCUUUUUGUGAAGUAUCUGUCAAAUAUUUUUUCUCACUUUAAAAUCUGGCUUUAUCUUGUUGGUAUAAUAUUCAUGUUAGUUCUAGGAGUUCUUAGUAAAUCCUGGAUACAUGUCUUUUAGCAGAUACUUGAAAUAUUUUCUCCCAGACUGUAGCUUGGCUUUCUAACUUCUUAACGAUUUAUUUUUAAAAGCAAUAGAUUUUAAUUUUGAUGAAGUUAGUCUGUAAUUUUUUACGUAUUUAUGUAUUUGUUCGUCUGUUUGUGUCGGGUCUUAUUUGGGACACACGGGUGGGACGCUCAUUUGUCAUGAGGGAUGCUUGUAGUGUGUGGACUCCUUCGCUGUGGCACGCAGGCUCAGCGGUGGCGUGUAGACUCCAGAGCGGGCUUGCUUCAGUCAUCGCGGCUCAUGGUCUUAGUUCCCCGUCCAGGGGUCAAACUUGAGUCCCCUGCAUUACACGGUGGAUUCUUAACCACUGGGCCACCAGGGAAAUCCCUAUAAUUUUUUCAUGGUUAGAGGUUUUGUAUCCUCUCCUGGAAAUCUUUGCUCAUCUUUGCCGAAGGUGUUGAAGAUUUCCCCCUGUGUUUUCUAGUACCUUUAGGCACAGUGCCUUGAAGCACUAGCUGAAUCUAUAAACUUUUAGAAGAACUUUUAGUACUUUUAGGCGUGAUGUACUUUGAGUUACUUUUUGUAUAUAGCAUGAGAUAAACGGCUGAGAUGUUUCCCCCAGCCCGCGUCCCCCCCUCCAUAUGGGUAUCCAGCACUUCAUGUUGAAAGGAUAUAUUUUUCCCAUUGAAUUACCUCAAAACUUGAAAUUUUUCAUGUCUCUCAGUUUGUGUGAAGUUGAAAUUUUGUAAUAUGUUUAGGAGCUAUUGUGUUUCUUUUCCUGUGAAAUGUUAUUUCAUGUAUUUUUUUUAGUGUUGGUUGUUUCUACUUUUGUUUUGACAUCUGGAACUCCUUCCAGGAGAGAGAUUAGCUCUUUUUGAUAUAAGUUGUAAAAAUUUUUAACCCAGUGUAUUGUUUGUAGUUUGACAUUGCUUAUGAUAUUUUUCCAUGAAAUUUGACAGAUGUAUUUGAAAUGAUAUGUAUUUUACUUUAUGGCUUUUAGGUUUUAAGUUAUAAGAAAAACUUCCAUUCUAAGAUCAUAAAGGAAUUCCAUGUACUUCCAUUAUUUUAUUUUUUACAUGUAAUUGUUUGACAAACCCCUUGGGAUUUAAAUGAGCAUAAAAUAUAUAGAACCACA